GCAGGUGCCCUACUCCAGUUUGUUAUGUAUUGAUCAGGAGUUGAUACGCGAUGCGAUGAUAAGAAAUGCUUUUUGACAGCUUCAUGCGAAUAGAAUUGAGCAGUUACAUAUCUGAAGAAUUUUAUAUUUUCCAUUAAUUUCAAGCCUUUGUCUAUCGGUGUUUUUAUGAACAACAAUAAUUCAACAAGUGAUUUCGUCGAAACAUUUUGGAUACCAAUCAACUCAAUGGAGUGAAUCGGUAUCGAUCAUCAAAAAUUAUCAAGAAUAUACCCAACAUGAUGGAAACCGUGUCUGAUGUGUACGAUCUCACAUAUCCCAGUCCAGUCAGCCUGCAAGAAAUCUCAUCUAUCGUAGUUGCGGCGGAUUUAUGGCGUAAAGGUUUGAAGAAGAAUAUUAAGCUGGAAAAUUUGAUUCCUUAUUUGCCAUCGGCGAUUUACAAUUCACUAAAGGAAUACGUCCGCACAUUGAGAGACUCAAUUUGGUCAUGGCGGAAUUACCACUCCUUCUGUCGUGUAUUCGAUUGUAGUUGGUUGGUGAUUUUGAACCGAUUCAACGAUUUCGCUUGGGACUGGGAUGGCACCAUUCACGAAGAGCGUACAGCCAAACGGAUGAUGAUGUGCGAUCGAUUCACUCAAGUUGAGAAAUUCAAGAUCGCUUGUGUGUACUGCUUCGAAGAUGAUAUCAAACAGAUUUGGCCAUCUGUCAGCGAGAUGAUGAAGUUGGAUGAAAUUAAUUUUUUUUAUUGUCCGGAACAGUAUUACUGGAUCUGCUACCUUCAAAACAAAUUACACUGGAUUCCUAUUGUCAACAGGUAUCCUAUUGCCGAGGAGAUGCUUAUUCGAUCAAGUGCGCUUGAAUGUAAAUGGAGAAACCGUUCGUUCCUCGUGUAUUUUUGGAAUCGUUUACCAUCUGAUAGCCAGCCACCAUCACAGGUCUACUCAAAUCACUAUUGGCGGGAACAAUUCGCUAGAUUUAUCUUACCAAUACUAAACGAACAUCAACUGGACAUUUUCGUGGCCAAAGAUGGUUGUCAUUUGAUACAAUCUCUGAUGGCUGAUGAAUCGACACUACUUCAUGUUCUUCCAACGUGGAUGUACAUUCGUAGCAGGAUCGAUUUGAGAAAUUUUUUGCAUUUUAUCAACGGACUGCUAGAAGAAAAGUAUAUCCACUCACAUUUCAAUUCCAAAAGAGUGUCGAAUUUGUUCAGCGAGAUAUGGAACAGUGCUCCGCAGCAUUUUAAACGAUCGGUGUUGGAUGAUGUAUUAUAUAAUGAUCUAAUAUCUCGCAUUAGAAAUACGAGUCUAUGGGACAAUAGAAGAAUGAAGUUACUGAUCAUAGUAUUGCAAGAUGCUACUUUCGAAGAGAGAAACGCAUUUUGGCGUAAAAAUUGGCGAAAUUUGAUCUUCAGCGCGCAUCCCGAAGAUUUAGUGGUUAUGAUGAAAUUGUCUUUUCGAAAUGAAAAUGAAAUUACAUUAUUCAAAAAGAACGUUAUGUCGGUGUAUAAAAAUAUCGCGAAAGAUUGCGCCUUGUUGCUGAAAUGCAGUUUGUACGAAGCAUUUGAACCAGUAAACGACGUUUUGUCUAUUUGCUGUCUCAAUGAGCGACAAAGAAAGGAGUAUAAACGGCGAUUACUGAGGUCGAAUUAUAUAGGAAAAAAAUCUGUGCUGACGGUUGACGUAAUCAGAAACAAUAAAUCGCUGAAUGAGUUCAUCGACGAUGCUUUUCAAGAUACUGCUGAUCUCGGCGUUGAAUUUAAAAAGCAACUAAGAUCAUCACCUGUAACCCAACACUGUUUACUAGAAUGUAUUCGCCAAGGAUGGUUAUUCCUGCAUCUGAUAGAGUUUGUCGACUCUUUCUUUUCAGAUGAACAAAUCGUAGUGUCUCUGAAAAAACGUUUUUUUCAGUACUUCAAAAAGCAACUCAUUGCUGGUCGUAUUUCAAGCAUUGAUGGUGCCGAUAUGCAGGUAUUUCUUAUUUGGUUGUUGGGUAGUGAAGAUGAAGUUAUCGGAUUCAAACAGUCGAUACCAGUUGAAGAUAUUGUCCGUACCAUGAUGCAAGGUGAGGAGAUAAAAAUAACACAAUUUUGCGGUGGUCAUCGUAAACCGCAAUUUCCUUGGAAGGUGCAUUGUUUUUUAAUGUGGUAUUUGAACAACGAUGAAGAAGAAGUAGACAAGUGUGCAGAGCUGUUUCAUGAUAAAGUGAAGUCCUUCGUUACUACAAGUACAAAACGUAGAAGAAUCGUGUAGCUAGGUUUGAUAAUUAUUAUUGUUUGAAAUCAAAAGUUGCUGUUGUUUUCUAUACCAAAUUCUCAGCUUGUGAAAUUGAUGUAUGUAGUUUAGUUACUUCGUUUUGUGUUUUGUUUUUAUUCGCUCAAUCUAAUUAUUGUGGUUAUAGGUACCUAUUAAUUGUUAGAUUGUAAACGUAUGUAAUAGGCAUAGGUAUCCGUUUGUUUAAUUUUAAUGCUCGUAAUGAAAGUAUUCAAUAAUAAAUGUUUCCGGCGAA